UCUAAAGUGAAGGAUGGUAGUUCUGUCGCACUCAAACGUAGUUAGAACUCGCUCACUCGGUCUCUUUUCAAGUUUAUUCUUGACUAAUAUCUCCCGAUAUUUUGGUUAUGAUACACAAAAGUUUUACUACUUGGCCCACGUUUGGAAAUAAAAUUGAUAACCAAAAAGAAAUAGAAUUUAACUAACCCAAAGAUAGGUUUGACGGGAAGAUUUCUUAUAUUUUACACAAUUUCUCUGAUUGGUAACAUCAAAAAUACGUCCGAAUGGAUCUGCAAUCAAUUAAAGUUGGUUUCAUCGGAGGAGGAAACAUGGCGAGUGCAAUUGGAGCAGGUUUAAUUCGGAAAGGUAUUUUAAAACCAGCCAAUGUUUGGGUUUCUGGAAGAACGGAAAAAACACUAUCUUUUUGGAGAGACUUGGGAGCUAAUGCGACACUGAGAAAUGGAGAUGUUGUCUUAAAUUGUGAAGUUAUAUUCUUAGCAGUUAAGCCUCACAUGUUGGAUGAUGCAUUAACUGGUAUUAAAGAAACCUUGAAAGGAAAUAUCGAGAGCAAGCUUUACGUAUCCGUUCUUGUUGGUAUUAGUCUAGAUACUUUAAUGUUUAAACUCGGUAACAUUGUACCAAAACCUAGAGUUAUCAGAUCAAUGCCUAAUACCCCUAUGAUGGUCGGCGAAGGCAUAACAGUGUAUUGCUCAAGAAAUACAACUACUAAAGACACUGAUCUAGUGACCACGUUAUUUUCACAUAUUGGUGUAUGUGAGAUCGUGCCGGAAGCACUGAUGAAUGCUGUUGGUGGUCUUUCAGGCUCUGGUCCCGCAUAUGCAUAUUUAAUGAUAGAAGCUCUUGCUGACGGUGCUGUGAGAAUGGGUGUACCACGUCCAAUGGCAACCAAGUUUGCAGCUCAAGUUUUAGUAGGUGCUGGUAAAAUGGUAUUGGAAACUAAUCGACACCCAGGUCAGCUGAAAGAUGAAGUAUGUUCUCCAGCAGGCACUACAAUUACAGGGAUUCAUGAAAUGGAACGAGGUUCUGUUCGAGGGUCCUUGAUGAAUGCUGUUGAAGCAGCAGUGAAUCGAUCGGAAGAGCUGGCCUCAAAAUUUAGUAAAUAAUAUAAACUAUUUUUGAUCAUUUUGCAAUAUGAACAUGAUUGAAUAUUGAAAAUUACAUGAAGCAUAUGAUAAUUAGAAAAUGAGAUAUUCUGAGUUAGAUGAAACUGUCAUUAUAUCCAUAAUAAAUUAUGUAAACCAUU